CUGAGGGAAUUUAUGAACAGCUGCUUAAAUGAUUAAAUAGCCAAUCUGAAUCCAAUCCACUUGAAUCCAAUCCAUGCGCGCGUUUGCUGCUUGUAGCUGUUUCGUUCAUCCAGCGUUGAACGAAUGAAUGGGUUUAUUUCGAUUCAAUGGGCGGAAAUCGCCUUAGAAGCCCGAUUUUAAAAGGCGCUGACUCGGUGAGUUAACAAGAAUCACAUAGCUCCUAUCAGAUCGGCCAAAACGCCGCUAGCUUGAUGCAACCGUAAGUACUCCACCACGAACCUGCAGCGAACGAAGAGUCUGCCAAAAAUGUGGACCGCAAGAGGUGCCUCUCCGCCAGAUCGCAUUAGAGCUUUCUUUACGGUCACCAUGCCCCCGAGGCUAAAACGCCACUCCGGUUCGGAUUCGCGCGAAUUCAGCGCUGAUCGACUGCACGGCAAAGUUUCAGGCGCGACCGACAUGACACAACGGCCGAGCGUCCCCGGACGGUGAUGUGGUAUCUCAUGGAGAACGUGCAACGUUCCUACACGCUCUCCGAAAGACUGCUGCGUGCGAUCGGCAUCGGACACGGCGGCGGCACACGACGUGAGCAGGAGGACAUCGAGGAUCUGAUUCGUCAGGGCGCCGACGUGAACCUGGCGCACGGGACUUUCCUGCCGCUGCACUGCGCCUGCAUGGUCGGGGACGCCAACAGCGUCUCAAUCCUGAUCAAGUGGGGCGCCGAUGUAAACAGCUACGAUGGCUACCACCGCACGGCGCUGCACCACGCGGUCGAGCGCAGCGCGGACUGCGUCCGCCUGCUUCUAGCCGCCGGUGCGGACACCGACACCAUCGACAUCAACCGCAACACCCCACUCCACUGGGCUGCCUUCCGCAACCGCGCCGACUGUUGCCGUCUGCUCCUCCAGUACAAGGCCCGCGUGAACAACAUGGACUUCAACAACGACACCCCUCUCAACUGGGCGGCCAUGAAGGGAAACUACCAGUCAGUCUGUGUCCUCCUCGAACACAACGCCUCACCGGACAUCCGCAACUACGGCGGCAUGAUACCGCUGAUGCGGGUGGCCAUUCUGCUGGCGGCGGGGCUCCAGUCUCCAGACGACGAGAAGUCUUUUGAGCUACUCAUCCGGUGCAUGGGCAGGAUAGAGCUCAGAGAUCGGGACGGUGAACUCCCGGCCGUGCUUGCGAGGGACAACAAGUUGAGGUCGAAACUGAUGGCGGUCUGCUGCACGCCGCGGCCCCUGAUGCAGCUUGGGAGGCGUGUCGUGCGGAUGUCCCUCGGGCAGCAGCAUCUUCCGUCAAUCGUGCCGUUGCUUCCGAUACCGGAGCGGCUGCAGAGGUUUCUGCUGCUGGAGUUCUAGCGGCGGUUACAAUCUUUUAGGUCUGUUCAGAACCCCCUAUAUAUAAGAGGGCCUGGUUUGGUCUCCUGGUUUUGGAACUGCCCAAAAGAGGAGUUUGAUGUGGGAGGACAAACACUGCCACCUGUCGUAAUUCUAUGCUGGAGGUGUUUUGAGAGGGUUGCGGUGAUGAUGGGGGAUCGUUGGAAUUCGGUAUGAAGGAGUGCAUCAUUUGAGGGAAUUACAGCACUCUUCCCUCUCUUUUCCUCAAUCACAUACUAGUCGUGGAGUCUGGUCUGGUGGGAGGGUCAGUAAAUCGGCACAUUUGUCGCGACUGUGGGGAUAGGGAAUCAAUUAUGUCUGUAUAUUCAAUACUUGUAGAACUGUUAUUUCCUUUUCUUUUUUUUUAGCAAGUUUGAUAGUGUAGUGCCAAAGUUGUUUGAACAACAAUUUUUGCAGCUUCUAAAAUUAUGCUGGGCAGAUUUAUUAAAAAAUGAAUAAGUUGGUCUUAUUUAAGAGUCUAAAAAAAAAAACAUAGGCAAGGUAUGGGUGUGCGGACAUCCAAGACAUGAGUUCCGCAUGCCGUUCUGCUUGCAAACUAGCUUUGGCUUAUAAUCGCAGAAUGUUAAAUAAGGUGCGACUCAUUUUGUUUCAGUCGAGCCAAUUCUGGUUUUAUCCGGAAUAAAAACUGAGAGCACAUGCACUUUCCAAAGUACCACAAUUCUUACUGCUUACUUAACCUUGCUUUCCAAAUGAGCUGAGCCACACCCCCCCAAUUUAGAAAUCCAGAUGGCAAUAAAACUGUGCACCACAGAACUGUCACUGCAUGAGGUCUGUAUCAUUUACUGCUUCUUGAAUUGACAAAUAUAAAUAUAUUACUGCAAUUUGAGACCCCUUUUCAUUCAUUUGUGUACAUUACUAAAAAAAAACACCCGUUUUGCUAUUCCCAGCAGUAGGGCGGACUGCAAUUCAUGAGAUCCUGGAACCGUUGCAGAAUAAAUCUUUGUACAACAGUGUACAAGAUAUACCUGUGUUUGGUGUUUUUGAGCUUGUUUUAAUUUUAAAGUUAGCUACAAUGUUUCUAAAACAAGGGUCGAUGCAGGGAAGCUGGUACGCGGUCAUACUGAGAGAAUCGUCCCGAGACGGGAAAAUGAAAAAAGAGGGCAAACAGCCUAGUGGUUAUGGGGUUGGAGGGCGCAAUUUCUGUGUAGGGUGUUUCAAAAAUUGCAUCCGUGUUUUUCUGACACUGCAGUGCUCAUCAUCUUUUUCGUUUUCCCUUAUCUCUAAGUUUUCUCGGCACAAUAUUUUUUUUGUAAAUAUGUGCACGUGUUAAAGUGUACUAGCUUUUUUAAUAUGUAUAUGCAGGGGUAAGCACUAAAUCGGCGCACUUUACAUUCAAAUGGCACGCGGACCACGUCACAAUGUUAAAUAAAAAUAUUUAAUCCGGAUGCAUUUUUAGGUUUUGGUUUUCUAUCAAAACAGAUGAUCCUUGCACCAGCGAUCCUGCUACAUGUGGCUAAGGCACAAACUACCUCUUUGCCUCCCUUGCAGGAGAAAAGCGUUGCGUGAGCCGGUGAAACAAAACAUUGUGCCGUUUGAAUGAAAAUACAAUAAGGCUUGAAUAAGCGUCGCAUAUUAGCACAUGUUAGUUGAUCCGAAGUGUUAAAAAGCAAUGCUUCGCCAAGAGAGUAUCAGGCGUAAAAAAAAUCGUGAGCAGCAGCAAAGGCUUUAUUCGACACUUCAAGCAGAGCCAGCUCUUUUUCAAGACCAAGCCCUGCUCGAAACGUUGAAUAAAGCUUCUUCUGCUGCUCACAAUUUUUUCUAAAUGUUAGUUGUGCACCUUGGUCACAGCAGACAGGACCGCUGGCAUGGAGAUGCGUUUUGAGACAAAACUUAAAAAUGCGUACAAAUGGAGCGUUUUUCCUGAAAGCUGUAAAAGUUUUGUGUGCCACACAUUUUUGCAAAGUGCACCGAUUUAGUGGUUUUUGAUGGGGCCCAGAUAGAUUCUAAUUGAGCUAUUUAUACCGAACAUUAUUACUUUUUCUACAUAGGUCCUUCAGCAGAAAUCAAAAGGACACCAAACUUUUUGGAGCGACUUGGCGUGUGUUGGGAGAAAUACCCCGUAUACGUGAUAGCUGGACUUCUUGUUAUCGGCAACGUGCGUCCCAUCUCCAAUCAAUGGAACUUUACCCCCCACUACAUCAAAGCGACUGAAUGAAUUGAAAUACAAUGAAAACAAUCCAAACUGCACCUUGAAAGGGCAUCAAACGACAUCACACACCCUACGUACUUAAAAAAAAAAAA